CCCAUGAGAGAUUCCCUUCCCUCCAAAGGCUCCUUUGCUUUCUCCCCUCCCCUCUCUCUAAAGGUUGACCUCAAGAGCAAAAAGGAGAUCACCAGCUGAGCCUGAGACAGAGAGAGAGAGAUAGAGAGAGAGAGCUAGUGAGCAAAAGCUAGAGAGAGAGAGAGAGAGAGUGAGUGCUUUGCUUGGUUGCUAGCUAGAGAGGUUGCUUGGGUGGAAGAUCAUAUCAGCAUAUCAAGGAGGGGAGGGGAGGGAGGGAAUAUGGAUAGGGGAGUCCUCCACAAAUCAUCAGCUCUAGUGGGGGAGAUGGGGGAAGGCCAUGGAUGGUGGAGUGUGAAUAAUUUGAGGCCCCCCUUUGCUGAGCAGCUUCACAAUCCUUCUCUCUUCUUGCCAUCCUCCACCACUCCUUCGUCGUCGUCUUCUUCUUCUUCUUCUUCUUCCUCCUCCUCCUCUCCUCUCCAUUCCUUCUCCUCGUUGCUGCUCUCGAAUCACUACCCUCUGCCGGCCACGACGACAAGCACCGCCGUGCCUUGGCUUGACAGCGGCAGCCGCCAUGGCCUGGCGCCGCUCCAGGACCCAUGGAGCCAUAUCUUGCUAGGUGGAUUGGCUAAUGGUGAAGAGGGAUACAGCAAGAACUGGGAAGGCCAGGUGCUGUUCCCAACCACACCGGCAUCUGCUGCAGAAGCUGAUCAUGGGAGCAACAGCUACAACAUCUACAGCACCACAACUAGCCAUGGGAGCAGUACAAGUGACGAUGCUUCCCAAUUGGUCGCAAGGCCGUCCUCUUCUCCGUGGGGCAGUGGCGGCAUCCAUCACCACCACAACGCCUUGCAGCAGCAAGCAGCAGCUGCAGCUGCAGCAGCUGCUGCUUCCUCUCCUAGGUCUUCUUGCAUCACCUCUACCACCUCCCUUGGAAGCAACAUGCUGGAGUUCUCAAACAACAGUUCACCACGUGAGUGCAUCAGCACAGCAUCUGGAGCAGCUUUCAAGAAGGCUAGGACCCAAGAACCCUCCCCGGCUCAAUCUACAGUCAAGGUGAGGAAGGAGAAGCUAGGGGAUAGAAUAACUGCUCUUCACCAGCUUGUCUCCCCAUUUGGGAAGACUGACACUGCGUCUGUACUCCUUGAAGCCAUUGGGUACAUCAGAUUCCUACACGGUCAAAUUGAGGCUCUGAGCUCGCCGUACCUUGGCAACAAUGGCGGCAGCAGCAAUGGAGGAGGAGGAGGUGGUGGUGGCUCCAGCUCCAGCAAGCCCCAGCAGCAGCAGCUACAAGCAGGCAGCAGAGUGCAAGGAGAAAGGAGCAGCAUAUUUCCAGAGGACCCUGGCCAGCUCCUACAUGACAAUGCCAUGAAAAAGAGAGGACAGCCUGAUCAGGAUGAAAUCAGUGAGGAAGCGAAGAAGGUGGAUCUGAGGAGCAGGGGCCUGUGCCUUGUUCCUGUGAGCUGCACGGUGGACGUCGGCGUCGACGCCGGCCCGGCGGACUACUGGGCGGCGCCGCCGGCUUUCGGCAUAGGCUUCGGCCGCUAGCUCGACCGACCGACCGACGCAGCCCCGCGGCGGCGGCGGCGGCGAUGUCGAUCUGUGCCCAAUGAAGAAAAAACGGCCGGCUGGAGAAUCGUAUCAAUGGGGGAUAUUAGAUUACAUUACAAAUUACAAUCACAUCUCACGUACAUGACAUAUCAUGCAUGCUUAACUGCAUUGAUCGAUCGAGCUGCAUAACAUCAGGAGCAGCCAUCCUGCUGAUCGAAGAAAAAGAUCCUUGUUAAGGCUGGUUCCUCUUGAUGCUAUGCAUUGCAGAACGAAUCUCACAUAUGCAUGUAUGCUUGCUUCCACUGAUGCAUGCAACUGAGUAUAUAUCUGGUAAUGUGUGUGUUUGUGUGAUCGAUCUAGAGCUUGUGUAGCUAGCUAGAGAUCGAUUGAUCUGUUGAAUUGGAUGUGGAUGCACCGGAGAAGAAGGUAAUGUAUGGAGAGACAGCUGCUCAAGUACCUCUAGUAUAUGUAAUGCUAGCUGCAGGUAUUGAUCAAACAUUGGUAACACCUUGUAAUUUAAUUAAGUCUUUGUCACGGUGAAUAUGCAUGCAUGCAUAUAUGUCACCUAGCUUUAAUUGCCACGCGAUAAUAAUGGUCAUGAGUGUGUAAUGCAUGUGUAUUUAAGUUUAUUUCGUUGCAAUUUGCUGUAAUUUGCUUCGAGUGAUGCUCCUAGCAGACUGUCUCAUUUUCCU